GCGUUUCAUACAAUUGACCGAAGCCCUACGCCUGGACUCUCUGCUCAUGCGGAGGUGCCUGUAAAUAUCAUCUCCGUCCGUCGGGUCGGGCCUUUCCUUUUGGCAGCCCACAGAAUUGCGGCGGAUAGGGAAUUCGAGGAUAGCUACUCCAACCAGACUCCGCCAUACUAUGCUGCUGCUGCUCCUCAAAGUUAUCUUAUCUGCCAUCCCUGUCCCCGUCACUGCACCGUCAACAAAACGACUGCUGCCCUGCCGCGGCAGCCAAAGCAAACCGAAGCGAUUGCUACUCCUAUUUAACAGACGGAGCGCGGGGCAGAGGAAACGAGUGAAUACUACUACCGCCACCAUUGCUAGUAACGUGCAGAGAGAGAGAGACACACACACACAGCAGCGCAGGCGACGACGACAGGGAUCGGAAUCAUGGACGACGGUGGCGACUGGAUCACGGCGAGGUACCUCCUCUCGUCGAUUCUUGGGCGGAACCCGCUGGUGGUGGACUACGUCGACGAGGAGUCCUUCCCCGUCGACGACCCUCCUAGUCCUAGUCCCUCCUCCCCCUCUUGCGCCCGCCGCGCGGAGCCGCCGCCGCCGCCGGUGCGGGCGCCCGCGGGGGUGGCCGGGACGGUCUGCGCGGUGUGCACGGAGGAGAUCGCCGCGGCGGACGCCGUCGUGCGCCUGCCCUGCGCGCACUGGUACCACCACGGCUGCAUCGCGCCCUGGCUCGGGAUCCGGCCCACCUGCCCCAUGUGCCGCGCCGAGCUGCCGCCGAGCGAACCCGAGGCCGGCGGGGAAGGCGCGGGGCGUGCCAAGCCGGCGGCGCCCGCUCGGGGUGUUGCCGCCGCGGGGACCAGCACCGGUGCGACCGCGACCGCGGCCGCGCGCGUGCGGCGGGAAGCGUCGCACGAGUACCUCGCCGUCGCCGGCGGCGUGUUGUCCGGCUGAUCCCAUCGAUGGCCGCGUCCACCGGCCGGCCGCCGAGUAGAUAGAUUAGGCGCGUGGACCGAGUCGUGUGAACUCAGAGCUCCUCUUGUAUAAAGCAAAUUGGGUAUAAAAAAGAAAAAGAGGAUAUUUCGACCCAAAUUAUUGUCUUGUCAUUUGCCCUGUUCUGGAAUGAUAAUCGCGUGUUUCGUAUUGAAA